UUAGUGAGACGUGCCCUGUAUCGCAAGCUUAUAUCGCGCAGGCGUGAUCCAAUCUGAGCCCGGCGAAAUGCUGCUGGAUGUCGAGUAGGAUCACCGUCUGCUCUGUUAUAAUGUAACCCAGUUCUGGGUCGGAGUAAACCGAUAAACUGAUCUACCUUUGAUGCUUUUUUUUGCACGCGAAGAGAAAUCGGAUGGUGCAUGAUUGUUCGGUCACUUAUCGCAACAAGCGAGGAGAUCAACCUGUGGAUGCGUGCAUCUGUAGAUUAUACACCGGGGUCGGGGAUAACGCGGUCAGCCUUCGAGCCAUUAACGCGGAGGGCGAUCAGCUGUCGCACCGGUUAUUUUUUUAUGCCAGCUGAAAACGGGAAAACUGGAAGCGCUAACAUCGUUUUAUGAAUGGCACUGACAUGGAGGAAAUUCCGUUUCAGAAAGUCAAAACCCGAAGGAAGAAAGGCCACUGCCCCCCCGGGAUCCCUCUCAAUGCCAUCGCCUGCGAGGACGAGUUUGAUUGCAAGGAGCUUGAAUCGCUGUUCCAAAAUUACAACCUAAAACUGGAGCAGACCUCGACCCUGAAAGCCCUAGCAGUGCUGAUCAUCACGGCAUCAACUUUGGCUGUGCUGGAACUGGUCUCCGGUCCCAGCCUGACCAUGUCCAAAGGGUCGCAUCCGGUCCAUUGUAUUAUAUUCGCCUCUUUAUUCAUUGUCACCAAUGUCAAGUAUUUGCAGGUGACUCAGCUACAGCAGAUCGUCAACCUGACCCUGCUGUUCAGCUUCACUUUUUCGUUCCUGUGCUGCCCGUUCUCCCUCGGAGCUUAUGGAGCCGAGCCGCCGGUGUCGCCUGAGCAGGGGAUGUGGCAGCUGAUGCUGAUCACCUUUGUCGCCUAUUCCCUCCUGCCCGUGCGAACUCUGCUGGCCGUCCUUUUCGGGAUUAUGAUCGCCAUUUCUCACCUUAUUGUGACAGCGACGUCGGUCACUGCUAAAAGGCAGAGGUUGUGGAGAACACUGGUGGCCAACGUGCUUCUUUUCACGAGUGUCAACCUGUCCGGGCUGUUUGUGAGGAUUCUGACGGAGAGAGUCCAGAGGAAAGCAUUUCUGCAGGCACGCAACUGCAUAGAGGAGAGGCUUCGCAUGGAGGAUGAGAAUGAGAAGCAGGAACGCCUCCUGAUGAGCCUGCUCCCCAGAAACGUGGCCAUGGAGAUGAAAGAGGACUUUCUCAAACCUCCUGAGAGGAUCUUUCACAAGAUCUACAUCCAGAGGCACGACAAUGUCAGCAUCCUGUUUGCCGACAUCGUGGGCUUCACCAGCCUGGCAUCCCAGUGCACGGCACAGGAACUGGUCAAGCUGCUGAACGAGCUCUUCGGCAAGUUCGACGAGCUCGCCACAGAGAACCACUGCAGACGGAUCAAAAUCCUGGGGGACUGUUACUAUUGCGUGUCGGGCCUGACGCAGCCGAAGACGGACCAUGCCCACUGCUGCGUGGAGAUGGGCCUCGACAUGAUCGACACCAUCACGUCGGUGGCCGAGGCUACAGAGGUGGACCUGAAUAUGCGAGUGGGCCUGCAUACAGGCAGGGUGCUUUGCGGCGUUCUGGGCCUCCGGAAAUGGCAGUACGACGUCUGGUCCAACGACGUGACCCUGGCCAACGUGAUGGAGGCUGGAGGCCUUCCUGGGAAGGUCCACAUCACCAGAACUACCUUAGAGUGCCUAAACGGGGACUACGAAGUGGAACCUGGUUACGGGCACGAGAGGAACGCCUUCCUGCAGAAGCACGACAUCGAGACCUUCUUCAUCGUGCCGUCACACCGGCGCAAGAUAUUUCCCGGAUUGAUUCUCUCCGACAUAAAGCCUGCCAAGAAGAUGAAGUUCAAGACCGUGUGUUACCUGCUGGUGCAGCUAAUGCACUGCCGCAAGAUGUUCAAGGCCGAGAUCCCGUUCUCCAACGUCAUGACCUGCGAGGAUGGAGACAAGAGACGGGCUCUGCGCACGGCGCCCGAGAAGCUGCGGAACCGCACAUCCUUCUCGGCCAACGUGGCGCACAGCACCCCCGGCACGCGGGUCAACCGCUACAUCGGGCGUCUGAUCGAGGCGCGGCAGACCGAAUCGGAGACCGCCGACUUGCACGUGCUCACUCUGACGUACCGGCACUCGGAACGCGAGCACAGGUACUACCAGGUCCUGGAUGAGUACUUCACCAGCGCUGUCAUUCUCUCUCUGGUCCUCGCUGCCUUAUUUGGACUCAUCUACCUUCUGAUGAUCCCACAGGGCACCGUGGCGCUGGUCCUCCUCGUCUUCAGCAUAUGCUUCCUGUCCGCCUGCAUCAUGUACCUGCAUGUCACCAAAGUACAGUGCUUCCCAGGAUGCCUCACCAUUCGGAUCAGAACCGCCCUGUGCGUAUUCAUAGUGCUCUUGCUCUACUUCGUCGCCCAGGCCUGUGUGGUGGGCUGUGUGCCCGGGCCGUGGGGUCGGAUCUCUCCCAGUUCCUUUGUCAUCCUCGACACCAGCGGUGCCAACCGUACGGUGGCGGAGCUGCCGUGCGAGAGUGCCCCCUACACCUUCCUGUCAUGCGCGCUGGGCACGCUCACCGUCGCCCUCUUCCUGCGCGUCUCCUGGCUGCCAAAAAUGGCCCUACUGCUCACCAUCAGCGUCCUCUACGUUGCCGUGCUGGAGCUCAGCGCCUUCCGGAAGUCGCUGGGGGGUGGGGCCUUCUACCUCCGUGGCUAUGAGCCUGUCCUCGCCCUCCUGCUGUUCGCCAGCACCUCAGCCCUGCACUCGCGGCAGCUGGACCUGAAGCUGCGGCUCGACUACCUGUGGGUGGCGCAGGCGGAGGAGGAAAGAGACGGAAUGGAGAAAGUGAAACUGGACAAUAAGCGGAUCCUGUUUAACCUACUGCCUGCCCAUGUCGCCCAGCACUUCCUGCUGUCCAACCCCAGGAACAUGGAUCUGUACUACCAGUCUUACGCCCAGGUGGGGGUGCUCUUUGCCUCCAUCCCCAACUUCAACGACUUCUACAUCGAGCUGGACGGCAACAACAUGGGCGUGGAGUGCCUUCGACUCCUCAACGAGAUCAUCGCCGACUUCGAUGAGCUCAUGGACAAAGAAUGUUACAAGGACAUAGAAAAGAUAAAGACCAUCGGGAGCACAUACAUGGCAGCUGUGGGCCUGGUGCCGACUGUCGGGAAAAAGGCGAAGAAGUCAACAUUGUUGCAUUUAAGCACAGUUGCUGACUUUGCCAUCGAGAUGUUUGAUGUCUUAGAUGAGAUCAACUAUCAGUCAUACAACGACUUCGUCUUGAGAGUUGGCAUCAACGUCGGCCCAGUGGUGGCAGGGGUCAUCGGAGCCAGGAGGCCUCAGUAUGAUAUCUGGGGAAACACUGUGAACGUGGCCAGUCGCAUGGACAGUACCGGGGUACAAGGGAAAAUACAGGUGACGGAGGACGUGUACCGCAUGCUCAAGUGCAGCUACGACCUGGUGUGCCGCGGCAAGGUCAGUGUCAAGGGCAAGGGCGAGAUGCUGACCUACUUCCUGGAGGGCAAAUCCCAAGGCUUGCACGGCUGCUCGUCCAGCGUGACCCGCGGGUCGCACCCCUGCGGACGGGCCAACAAGCAGCAGGCCAGGCUGGGGACCAGCUGCCCCACGGUGUCAUCCGUGGCCAGCUUCACGGUGCGUGCCGGUCUCGGGACCAUCCAGACCGGCUCGGCGAACAGCUCGUCCACAGCGCUGUACCUGCCCUCCGGUUCACCGCCUACCAGGGAGGACGAGUGACCGGCGUGUCUAGAUCCUUGGGCCCAGCCAGAGAAACGGCUACAUCUCCAGCUCCGCCUGUUGAACUCGCCAGAGGGUCUUAGGCUCCCGCACAACCAAGGGCCCCUGCAGUCCGACCAAAGAGAAUGCAGGGCUAUGAUCUUACCGUGACGAAGACGCUUCUGCACAAGCAGUGGUCACAGGGCCUUGCAGCUUUCGGCUGGAGGCUUGUCCAGAAGCGAGACUGAGAAGUGGAAUUCGGUCUGUAUCGUAGUCUGCUGUGACAAGUUGAUGACAAGCCAGCCGUUGCGCCACAUGGCAAAAGAUCGGCUCACCUAUGUCGUGUGGCCCGAUGCCAACCGCUCAUCCAAGGCACCAAGUAACGCUGAAGACCCAGAAGCAAACUCACAGUUUGAAAAUAAAAAAAAUAAAAACGCACCUAACACUUCUAGGUUGUGUAGUUAGCAUUGAUAGGCUUACCUACCCUUCAGCCACUAAUUAUUAGUUAGUCUACUUAACUAGGUUUCCAUUGAAGGAGUGUAACCUCCUCAAUUUCAUCUCCCCAGUUAAAAAAAAGCACUUUUAUUCUCACGUCAUUCAAGCCUAAUCGUCAUGCCAACCAGUUUGUUUUGGGACCAUUCCUUACAAAUGCCAAGGCAGAGGUUUACCAUUUCAGGACCAUGAGGUUGGUGUGUUUUUGAUACCAGAAGAUGUAUUUAUGGGUAUCUCAGAAAAGAGUAUUUUUUUGUAUGUAUGGAUGUUUGUGUGCGUGUGCUUAAACCCGAAUUGUACUCAGCAAGGAUUAUUGGUAGCUGGACAGACGUCUCGGAAAAACCAUCCCUAUUUCGCCCUCCCCGCCAGGCUGAUCUUGGUCCUCCCGAUGGAUUGGCUUCGACAGUCGCUGUCUGACCGCGAUCCUGCCUUAGAACACUCUCGAGAAAGGGAUUAUCGCAAAUGGAAACAAAGUGGAAAAUUAGUCAUUUGUAAAAAUAGCAGCUCCGUGCUUUAUUUAAUGACAUUAACUAUCCGAAUAAAAACAGCUCUGCGAAUUA